AUGAGCGUCCUCGGGUCACAGGGAAAAUGUGAUUUUCAAGGAAGCAAGUGCCGCAUCGGCACUCGUGGCAAUGUGGACGAUUGGCUAACAAAUCAAGCUCCCAUUCUGCGCUGUCACGGUUCGACUCCCGCUGGGGGUGUCAGUCUUAUCACAGUCUCUCUCUUGCCCCUUAAGAUCCGUCUGCUCUACCUCUUGUUCACCUAUUUCACUCGACCCCUGCAACCCCAUCUCCACUAUUCGGGGGGUUAUGUCCCGCACUCUGAAUCUGUGAUACUAAUUGAGGCUGAACCCCUUAGUCAAGCCUAUGGUAAAACAAGCCUACGACCAGCCAACUAG